AUGACUCCUACAAACAUCGCAUUGAGUUCUAUCGAACAAAUAAAAAUGUACUUACAAACGAUGGGAACUUGUAAAUGCGGAUUAGAAUGUCCGGUCAAUUGCGAAUCCGUAUUUAAUUUUAAUCCAAAGGUAAUUUCACGGCCUUGGGAUUCAUCAGACUCGGAACAAACUCGAUUGUGCAAUCAUAAGCGGAAAGCGCCUAUUUCUGGAUCCUCCUCAGACCAAGAUGGAGGGGGUCCACACAAAAACGUUAAAUUAGGAAGUAGGAAAGAAAUCGUACCUUGUAAGAAGAAAAAGAAGAAAAAUAUAAACAAUUCUUCAGGGGUGUCCGUAUCUCAACUUUUGGCACAGAGAGAUCGGGCAUUGGCUGCGGCAACAGCAGCAGCACGAUGGCCGUCUCCCGGUGGCGUAUUAUCGGAAAACGUCAGUUAUCAAAAUAUCAUACCGAAUCAGUAUCAGGGCAUUCAAGUGAUUAGAAAUCAACCACCUUUGCGUCAGCAGCAACAUUUUGAAAAUAACAACAUUCAAAACGCGAACGCUUACAAAGGAGAACCCCCGCCUGCGCAAGGACUAGACGACAAAGUUCCUCAAUUCCCUUGUGUUAACGUUAUUAAUAAUGCAGGUCGAGAGGAGACCGUUUUGAACGUAAACGGAGUUAAUCAAGUGUUGUCGGAAAAUCAUUCUGCUGGAAAUGAUUUGAUGAGACAGACUCAAAUAAAUGUUAACUCGUUAGGAAGUCAAAGGCAAGACGUGGGUCAAACCGUUGUGAAUCACACGAUCAAUUACAAUAAUCAUUGCGGUCAAGAAUUUUUACAAAAUACGGUGAUGACGCCUAAACCCGAAGGGGUCGUGAUCGCUCCUCAGGGUAUGAUUUUACCGCACAACGUGAUGAUGCAGAGACCGAGAUCGAUUCCACCGUGGCAUCAAGCAGGGUUAACGAUGAAUAAGAAACCAGUACCUGAGACACCCAACGUAGUUUACGACAAAGUUCCUUAUAUUCAGCAGCAAAUGCCGCCUCCGACGUUAGUUUUAGAAGAUGCCACAUCUCGUAAAAAGCAUAAAGUGAAUUCAAAAGUUAAAAAAGCAUCACAAGAUCCGCCUCAGCAAAGUCAGCCCUCUUUCAUGGAAAAUCCAAGCGCGUAUUUGGCUCAGCAAACUGCUUUGCUUCACAAUACGAUAUCUCGACCCAAUUUUAACAUUUUAAAUACGCGACCGGAUGUGCAACCAAAUAUAAUUCGACCAAAUUCGCCCAACACGUCGCUGGGAAUCACUUCAUCCGCAUUAGUAAACAAUUCAAAUUCCGUAGUAUCUUCAGGUGUUUUGGUACCUUUUUCAAGAAAUGGUACUUUUACUCUCAGGCCAACGGUUGGACAAAAAUUAGAUUCCAACAAUCUCAUGCAGUCUCAAAUAAUUCAGAAAAAUAUUUCUGAAAAGGAAAAUGUGUCAAAUCGAGAAAACAAUUCCAACGGUUUUGGAACCGUACGAAACGUUACAUUUAAUAAUCACGUGUGUCCGAACAUGAAUUGCAUGAAUUGCAAAAAUUCGUCCAUCUUUAACAACAUUGAAAAAGACAAUUCAAACGAUCAACAACACAUAAGUGAAAAAAUAAAAUUUAUAAAAGAAGAUUUGGAAAAAGUGGACACGGAAUUGAAUAAGCAAGUUUGCAGUAAAAACGAUUGUAGAGCGUCUGAACAAUGUCGAGGGGAUGCAAAACAAUCGAGAACAAAGGAUGAAACUUUUAUGGAAGAUAAUCCGGUGACGUCCUCCACCGAGCAUCACGCAUCGAUUCAGUUUAAUCAGAAAGUCGUUUCGGAUUCGCGACCCAUUCAGGGAGGCACCAUAAGCACGAGUAACGAGUCUCCACAGCCCCAACCGUCUCCAACAUCUUCGAACACUUUCAGACAGGAAAUUUCAUCUCCUAAGCAUUCAGAAUUACUACCUCAAAGUCCCGUACUUGGAAAUGUUCAAAUAUCGUCUACGAAUUCUUCAUACGCAGCACCUUUGCCAAACUCUGUCAAAUUGGUCAGGGAAAACGACAAUAAUUUAAAUUCUUCAAAUGCAGAUAAUUUGCAUAAAACUAACGGAACUGUCCCAACUGUGCAAACUUUGCAACGAAACGGUUGCCCCUCUAAAAGAUCUAAUUCUCCCAACAAUGACGUUAAAUAUAAAUUUCACAACAGGACUUUUGCAAACGUGUCUACGUCAUCAGAUCAAAAUACGGAGAGUAAUUUUUACAAACAAGAAAAUCAAAUAAAGAUACAGCCCGUUUCGAGCAGCAGUCGGGAAGAAAGGGAAAUUCGUCAGAAAGAUAAUGAAAUCAAAGGAAAUCGUUUAGUGAAAACCAUGGCGAGCAGUCACACCGCUAGUAGUAAUACUAUUACAUCCGUUCAAGCGGGUAGAACGCAGACUGCAACAGUUACGGUCAGCAACAACUCGAAUUCACCGUCAACGGUUUCACUCAUCAAUAUAUCCGGUCAAAAUAUUUUGAAUGCUAUCACACAAAAAACGAAAAACAAAUCGCCUCUGGAAAUGGUGCAAAGUGUUGUCAGUAGUAUACAAACGUCAUCAGAAGUCUCGAAAAGCGAGUUGCAGACGAAUAUAACUCCGGCUUCUAAAAAUUUAUUGACGACGUCAAAUGUAAUAACGACAAAUAUAUUUACGACACCGGUGAGCGUGACUACAUCCAUACUUGCUAAUGACAAUUCAAACGCUGCUGCUACAGUUUUAAAGACGUCACCUGGAGGAUUACAAACCGGUCAUAUUUUAGUGUCCAGCAAUGGUCAAUACAUAGUUGCUUCGAAUGGGAACGUCAUUCCACAAACAAAUUUAGGGAGUUUGAAAUUGAGUCAAACGGGAUCAAUGCCUCCGAUGAGUGCAUCACCCGUGGUCACCAACGUGACGGGAGCAGUGACGCAAGUUCUGCCCGCAGUGGGAGUAGCACAACAAGUUUUAGGACAAUCAACGGUUUUAGUGAAUGCGGUACCUGCUCCUUUCAUGAUUCAACCUGGAGUCAUGGCAGUCGAUACCGGUAUCGGACGUUUAGCCGUAGCCACUGGAAAUGUCCUACAGGGCAAUGUAAUAGAUAACAAUGCUCUAAGAAAUUCUAUCAGAGGGGUGGCUCCCGAAAAAGUAAAAAAUAAAAAGAAUAAUAAAAAGCGAAAGAAUCAGUUGACUUCUUUGGUGCACAUGACUUCUCCGAACAACGUCAUUCUAAACCAACCUUUCGGUCCGCAAAAUUUUGCCGUUUCGCCAGGUGGAAGCGUGCAACCUUUGCAAGCUGUGACUCUCGUACAAGGCAAACAAGGAGCUCCGACUCAAAUCGUUAUGAAUAAUCAAAAUAAUUUUAAUCAAUUUAGCAGUCAGCCCCAACAAAUCAACUUGUUGCAACCCGUGAAUUUAGCAUCUGUGUCUAACUUUCCGGCUUUUCAACAAUUCAUCGUACCUGGAUUAGGAAAUAUGGUGAUGUCAACAGAUGGCACGACGACCAUUCUUCCUGACACAAAUAUCGGAGUACAACUUCAACUUCAAAAUGUUAACGGUCAGAACGUUUUGACUCCCGUGCAAAACACAAGUUUUAUUAACGGACAAAGCAUAUUGUCGACUCCAACCGGAAUGCUCAUUCGCGCACCAAAUAAUCAACAAAAAAUUAUUCAGAACAAUCCGAGUCCGCAAUUUUUGUCACCGAACAAUAGUCAGUUUUUGGUAAAUCAAUUUCAAGGUCAACUCAGUCCUCUUAUAGCUGCUAGCUUGUCACCGAAUCAGCAGAUUUUCGCGAGCAGUCCUCAAAGGCAAUCACCUCAAGAUUUUAUUCAAAUCAUACCGACCAGUAGUUCGCAAAACACGACCGUCGUACAGCAGAACACCACGAUCGUUCAACAGCAGACGACAAUGGUAUCUAACAAUCAAAAUCUCUUAAACAAUUCCGGAAAAUCAAAUUUUAUUUUAAGUAACUCGAAUAAUGUCGACAAACCCAUCGAGUUGCAAAUAUUGGGGACGACUCAACGUUCGAGUCAACCGCCGAAAACGGUAGCAGGUACCCACGUUCAACAACCGAAUGUCCAAGCCCAAAAAAUAAUGGUCCAAGACAAAAUGGAUUUCGGUACUCAGCAUUCGGUAUCGACUCAAACGACGGUCAGCGAAGAACCGACCAUUUUGGGAGGAGGAGUCACGACAAACAAUACAUUUUGUCAAACGUUAAACUCGAAUUGGAGCGGGAGUCCUCCGGACACGACGACUCACAGUCCCGUAGAAUCUGAUACGAAUUACGAAAGAAUACCCACACCGUCCGAAGACAAAUCGGACACCAUUCCUCAAGCCAUGGUUCAAUACGUUUCGAGCAGUAUCAGCGAAUGCGAAAGCGAAAACGAAGGAUACAUUUUACCAGGGAUUCGGAAAAGAGUCACGUCGGGUGAUAAUAAUUUAUCGUUGAAAAGUAACAAAUCUAAAAAUAUCGUGGAAUCGAGUACGAUCCUUCAGGAAACCGGGGUUCAAAUACAAAUAAGGAAUAAUUUCGUGUCAUCCGAUCACAUGAGAUCAGGUGGUGGUGGUGGUGGUGGUGGUGGAGACGAGUGCAUCGUUAGCUCUCAUUCGGAUAUAAACGUUCAAGAUAAACGUAUUGAAUCUCAAUCGAACAAUUCAAGUUACCAGGAAGAAGACAAAGUAGUAAGACUGGUCGAUGCUUUAAUCGGAGAAAACAAACCAAACGACCUCGAAGACGAAGACUCGAAGGAAAAAUUAUCCGAAGGAGAUUUGGUUUGGGGACCCGUUAGAGGUUCUCCAGCAUGGCCUGGAAAAUUGAUCGGUCUCAAUGGUACCGGAGGUAAAGCCGUCGUACGUUGGUUCGGAUGUAACAGUUCACCUACCAAAGUAAACAUUUCACAAUUGCAAAGUUUAUCUCAGGGGUUAGAAGCUCAUCACAGAGCUUCGAACAAAGGCAGAAAAAAUAGAAGAUUAAACGUGGAAUUAGAAGCAGCCAUUCAAGAAGCCAUGUUAGAAUUAGAUAGAAUGACCGACAGGGAGAAGAAAAUCGUUGUUGGAACGGGACGAGGAAGAUCGAGAAGAUUAAAUCGUUGA